AGCUGUGGAGGCCCCAGAAGCGUCCAGCAGACUGACCCGUCAGGCUUCACUCCGGCUGGGAUGGCUCCAACUGAUGGGACGUGAGAAGCUUUUUUUCUCGACUGGGCUUCCACAGCCACGCGACGCCCUGUUAAACUGAACGAUGUGAUUCGGACACAGGGCGCUUUAAAAAUGGCUUUGGAUGUAUCCAAUGGACGGAUUUGAGUGAGCCAGGCUGCCUUGCUUCAAUAUGAUGCUUUCCUUGGACCGUGGAUCGGGCAUGUUUGGGUCAGCCUUUUGUCUUCUUCACCUUUUAGUUACAGCUGGACUCCUGUCCAUUCUGGAGGCUGCCAAAGCAGAUAGCACUCUCGAAGGGCUUCUCCAGUAUGAGGUUGUGCACCCUCAGAGAGUGGAUUCAACUGGACAUUUUAUCUCUCACCUUGUGUCUCAUCAUGUGAGUCGAGUUCGAAAGAGGCAGGCGGUAGAGAGCGCAGAAAGCCUGGCUCACGUUUUCUACAACCUGCAGUAUGCUGGUCAGGACUUGCUUUUCAAUCUCACACUUAACCCUCACCUGUUAGCUCCUGGUUUUCUCACAGAGCGCCGCAGUGGUGGCCUUCAGGGCUCCACUCUACAUUCUUAUGGCCAUUCUCUGUGCUACUUCCUCGGAGAGGUGUGGAGUAGUGCAGCCACCAAGGGUCAAGCCAGUAUAAGCACCUGCGAUGGCCUGACAGGACUGUUUAAACUCUCAGAGGAGGAAUUCUUCAUCAGGCCACUGGAGCAACCGCAUGGAAAAGCAGAGCCGCAGGCCCAUGUCAUCUAUAAGCGAGAUACUUCUCAGACCAACAGCCAGCUGGUGCAGUCUUUGUUUGAGGGAAAGUCAUCCAAUGGGACCUGUGGUGUCAAAGAUCCUCGGGGAGGAGCAGCUCGAGUGGAGAGACAGCGAGAGCGCUGGGAGAGACGCCAGCACCGCAGGAGACCACGCUCAAUCAGCAGGGAGAAAUGGGUGGAGACACUGGUGGUGGCUGACUCAAAAAUGGUGGAGCACCAUGGCAGGAGUGGAGUGGAGAGCUAUGUUCUAGCAGUCAUGAACAUUGUUGCAGGGCUGUUUCAUGACGCCAGCAUUGGAAAUGCCAUCAAUAUUGUGGUUGUUCGCCUUAUUCUGCUAGAAAAGGACGAGGAGGACCUGAAGAUCACCCACCAUGCAGAUAACAGCCUCAACAGCUUCUGCAAAUGGCAGAAGCACCUCAACAUGAAAGGAGAUGACCAUCCGGUCCACCAUGAUGUGGCUGUCCUUCUUACAAGGAAAGACAUCUGUGCUGCCACCAAUAAGCCAUGUGAGACGUUGGGUCUGUCUCACGUGGCCGGAAUGUGCCAGCCUCAUCGCAGCUGCAGCAUCAGUGAAGACACGGGGCUACCACUGGCUUUCACUGUAGCACAUGAGCUGGGCCACAACUUUGGGAUUCAGCAUGAUGGAAAUGGUAACGACUGUGAGCCGAUUGGGAAAAGGCCGUUCGUCAUGUCUCCACAGCUACUGUAUGGGACCUCCCCGCCCAACUGGUCUCGCUGCAGCCGCCAGUACAUCACCCGCUUCCUCGACCGGGGCUGGGGCUGGUGCCUGGACGACCCUCCUAGCAGGAACAAGCUGGCUGAUCAUUCAGUGCUGCCUGGCGUCCUCUACAGCGCCGCCCACCAGUGCAGGCUCCAGUACGGCUCCAGCUCACUGCUGUGCGACGACGUGGACAAUGUCUGCAGCACUUUAUGGUGCACUGUGGAUUCCACCUGUCAUUCAAAGUUGGACGGAGCGGUAGAUGGCACCAAGUGUGGUGAAAAUAAGUGGUGUCUGAGUGGUGAGUGUGUGGCAGCAGGUCAUCCGCUGCAGAAAGUCAAUGGCAGUUGGGGACCAUGGAGUGAGUGGUCUGUCUGUACCAGGACAUGCGGGGCAGGGGUGCAGAACGCUCAGAGGGACUGUGACAAUCCAGUCCCAAAGAACGGAGGGAGGUACUGCCUUGGGGAGCGGCUCAGGUACAGAAUCUGUAACCGUGAGCCUUGCCCUCCCAACCAGCCCAGCUUUAGAUCCAUCCAGUGCAGCAGGUUCAACACCGUGCCUUAUAAGGGCAAGUUCUACAAAUGGAUGAAUGUCAAUAACCGAAUUAAUCCAUGUGAACUGCACUGCCGCCCAGUGAAUGAGUAUUUCUCAGAGAAGAUGGUGGAUGCUGUGAUUGAUGGUACCCAGUGCCAUGAGGGUAGCCAGAGCCGGGACAUGUGCAUUAAUGGCAUCUGUAAGAACAUUGGCUGUGAUUAUGAGAUCGACUCCAGUGCAGUUGAAGACCGGUGUGGAGUGUGUCAUGGCAACGGAUCUACUUGUGAAACUGUGAAGAGAACCUUUGAGAAGACUGAGGGGCUGGGCUAUGUGGACAUUGGUCUGAUUCCAGAAGGAGCACGGGACAUCUACAUUGAGGAGGUGGCCGAGGCUGGGAACUUUCUGGCUUUACGGAGUAACGACCCAGAAAAGUAUUUCCUGAAUGGUGGCUGGACCAUCCAGUGGAAUGGAGAGUACAAAGCAGCAGGAACUGUGUUCACCUACAAGCGGACUGGUCAGCUAGAGAACCUCACAUCCCCCGGACCAACCAUGGAGCCCGUGUGGAUUCAGCUGCUCUUUCAGGACACGAACCCAGGAGUGAGGUAUGAAUACACUAUCAGCAGAGAGAGCUUGCAGGAGUCUAUCAAUGGCACCCCUGCCUCAGACUUCCAGUGGAAGCAUGGAGCCUGGAUAGAGUGCAGUGCCACAUGUGGGACAGGUGUCAAGAGACAGAUUGUGCACUGUGUUGAAAGGACGCAUGGUAUUGUGGAUGAGCAUUACUGUGACCCAGCCACUCGGCCGGAUGACAAACGAGUGCGCUGCCAUGUUGGAUUAUGCCCAGCUGUAUGGUGGACCGGAGAGUGGCAGAAGUGCUCAUCAAGCUGUGGGGAAUGGGGACUGACAAAGAGAACAGUGGUAUGUAUUCGGAGUUUGGGGCUGGAUGAGCAGGAAGCCCUGCAGCCAACAGAGUGCCAGCACCUACCCAGACCUGAUCCACUGUCCCGCUGCAACAUGCAAGUACCCUGCCCUGCUGACUGGAUCACAGGCAACUGGUCAGAGUGCUCGAGGAGCUGUGCAGGUGGCAUGCAGACACGGCAAGUGACGUGCAGCUGGAACACUGGGGUGGACUGUGAUCUUCAAGCUAAGCCUGCUUCCAGCUUGCCAUGCAACAUUCAGGAAUGCCCUGUAAAUGUGGACGUUGACGGGUCUGGUAGUGGCUCAUCAAGCAAAGGGGUUUUCAAUGAUAUAAACUCAAUACCCUAUGACAACCACUUGCUGAAAUUUGCCAUUGGGACAACUAGGGCAAAGCCACAAGACGGCAGAGACCUCAAUAACGUUGCUGGUAGGGAUUUCUCGUAUCCCAAUCAUAUUGAAUCUGAAAACUCCAUCAAGAACAACAUCCAAGUUGACGAUUUUUACUAUGAUUAUAACUUCAUAAAGUUCCAUGAGGAUCUGUCAUAUGAUUUUGAUAAGGAAGGGAUUGGUGUGUCUGAUUACUCAGGAAUUCAUUUGAAGCAGGAUCCCAAAGUCAGUCCUUCUACAGUUUACAGGGAAAGACCAGGUCCUUCCACAGCUACCUCAUUCACACUCUCUACUGCUAACCCACCAACUGCCUCUACUACCCCUUCCAAUGAAAGUCCUAGCCUAGAUGAGGAUGUUUCUGAGGACAAUGUUGUUUUUGAGGACUACUUCUUACCUAUUGCAACAACAGCCAGGCCACGUUCUUCCAUCACCAGAUUCUCUCAGAGAUGGAAGGAACCCAAUGUUCUUGGCCCAGCUCAGGACCUCAGCACUGUCGAAAGCCCACUACCAACAGAAGAGAUGCCCUCUAAGUCCAUAGGUACAACAUUGCAUGGUGGCAUGCCAAAUGUUUAUGUGACACAUGAGCCUCUUACAAAUGAUGGAGGGAUUAAAACAGAUUUGCCUGCAACUCAACAAAAUGAAGACGCUGUGGAUAGGGAGGAGGAGCUGUUGGGUGAAGAUGUCCCUGGGGGUGAAACUGAUUGGGAAAGGCUUUUACCAGAGGCUCCGCCGCCAAUCCAUAUUGCCUCCAGUGCCUCUGAGAACUCAAAUGUGGGUCCCACCACUAGUCCUGCAAGAUGGAAUACAGUCUUACAUGAGACAUCAGAAAGCACAACCACAUACCCUCUUGAGGUGAAUAGCAGCACAUCCCCAGGGAGUCAAUAUGAACAUAUUGAAAUGAGCAGUAACAUUGGCACUAAUGCUGAAGACUUCAUUACCUUAAAUAAUUUCUCUCAGGAGCCUCCUUCCUCACAAGCUCUGUAUAAUCCAGCAGAAAAUACAAGUAGCAUGACUUCAUCUGCUGGACCAGAGUCCCUACCUCAUGUGGAAUUGCAUAAUGAUUUGCAGUCUUCCUCAUGGAUUUCAGCAGACCUUCCAACCACCAUCGUGCCAGAUGCUAAGAGCCAACCUUCUGGCACCAUCAGCCCAGCUGUUACUUUGGGUUCUGAACAUGUAGAUCCCACUAGACAACAGUGGGCAUCCCCAGGUCCUUUGGUCACCUGGGCAACUAUAGACUACAAUGAAAUUAAUCUUCCACAAUUGCAGAGCCCCACUUCUCCUGACCCUGUGCAGUCUCCAUCUCAGGGUUCAGCCAGUCAGCAUCUAGACUCUGUUGAGCCAGAUGCAUCCUCCCCACUUCGAUCAUCCUUCACUGUCUUCUGGAGAACUGGCAACUGGAGUACUUGCUCCACCAGCUGUGGGCUUGGUGCCAUUUGGAGGUCAGUGCACUGCAGCACUGGAAAUGAGUCUGACUGUGACAUGACGAAGAGGCCGGCGCCAGCUCGCCGCUGCUACCUACGUCCAUGUUCCACCUGGAAGAUGAGCAAUUGGAGCAAGUGCUCAAAAAACUGCGGGGGAGGCAUGAAACUGCGUGAGGUUCAAUGUUAUGACAUGCGUGACCAAAGGCUGCUGCGGCCAUUUCACUGCCAAGCUGUCUCCCUCAGGCCCCCUGCCCGCCUGCCUUGCAACACCCAGCUCUGUCUGGACUGGUACACCUCCUCCUGGGGACAGUGUUCAGAGCUGUGUGGAGGUGGAGAGCAGCAGAGGCUAGUAACCUGCCCUGAGGAUGGGAGAUGUAAUGAAGUGCAAAGGCCCAGCUACAUUCAACCCUGCAAUACCCAGCCCUGCGCCCAAUGGGUAACCGGAUCCUGGGGUCAGUGCUCAGUGUCCUGCGGUGGAGGGGUGCAGCGUCGGCUGGUCAAAUGUGUCAACACAAAGGCAGAGCAGGAGGAGGAAGACGAGCAAGCCCAGUGUGACCACGAGCCCUGGCCAGAGAACACGCGCCAAUGUAACCUACAGGACUGUGACAGCACCCCCUCUGGUCAGGUGUGCUUACGUGACCGUCUGACAUUUCGCUUGUGCCAGACCCUCAAGUGGCUCGGCCGAUGUGACCAGCCUGCCGCUCGUUCCCAGUGCUGCAAAACCUGCGAUCAGCAUCAUCGUGGCAACGAUCGCGCUACUCGCCGCUGAAAGGGAGGGGCACUGGAUGAGUGACGGUUUUAAGCCAGGGAAUUUGUCUUUCACAUACAAAAUGUCAAGCCAAUCUAGGACAGUCUUUCUACUUUGGCUUGUUAUUGUCACUGACCUACAGGAUCCUGCAGGGGCUUAUGAAGGAGGUGUUUUCCCCCUAUUGUUGCUGAGGUACAAGCAAUACAUUGUACAUGGAGGACUUCAAAUACCCUCUCAUUAUUGAUUGAAGGAAGUUUAUUCACUGAGCGCAGUUUUAACUUUCUUCACAAAUACAGCAGUCAGUCGAUCUUGUUCGCAGCAGUGAUCAAUUGACAUGGGUGGCAGUUGAAAGUCUAAAAGUAUUCACAAAUCUGUAGUUACUUCAGAACUGAAUAGAAAGAAACCUCGCCGUCUCGCUGUAUAACUGUGUCGACUUCUUUGUGUUUUGCUUUUAAGACUGACAGUAAGUCUCUGUACAUUUCCAGUAUUUUCUGAACCUUCUGACUAGUUCAGUGUUAACGAUAGAAUGAACUAAAAUCUCAAACAAUGCUUUCUGCUGAUUGCAGCUGUUACUUAACCAUAAUACAAGUCUAGAGGAUGUCUAAGGAAAUGGUGCUGCAGAAAUAACCUGGUGCUAUAGGCAGGUUUGUGCCACUAUUGGUGGGCUAUUGCCUUUGUCUACUUGAAUUCUGUUCACAGGCUAUUGAUAGGACUUGACUUUAAACUUUUGUUAAAGAAAAACUUUCCACUUGCAGUUCAUUAGUCAAGACAUGUUUUGUGUCCAAAUUUUGCUUGUGUAGUUCAGCGUUGGAGCUUCAAGGCUAAGGAUUGCUAAAUCUUGUAUCUCUAAAACUUCUCUCAACCCCACUCAAACUGAAUCCAGGUCUUCAUUACGGUUGUAAACUUAAUGUGAACUAUAGGCCACCAAUAAGAGAAGUUUUGGGGAUGUGUUUGGGUGACUAUUGGCUUGUAGUGUUUGUUAGCAACAUUAGCCUCAAGGCUCCAGCAUCAAACUAAAGAAGUCAAGUUGGGAUACCAAAGAUGUCUUGGCUGAUCCACUACAUUUGUAAUAAAGGUAAAAUUGUGUUCAUUUGAUUUUUCACUGACCAUUCAGUUACGAAAGCAUUUGUGAUUACAAUUGUUUUGAAAAUUAAUCAGGAAUGUGUUGCUAUUUUAAAGGUUUUUGACAGUAGAUGCAGUAGGUCUUGAAAAUAAGGGUACAAAAAGGGUUAUUUGGAGCUUUUCGUUCCCUAAAGGAACUUUCAGUGGAUGAACCUUAAACCAAUUCUACCACUAUGAGUGAAAGAUUCUAUACCAAUUUGAACCAUUUAGUGCCCUUUAUUUUUAAGAGUGUAGACUGUACUAAUAUCGGAGUCAUAUUCCAUUCGUUCUGGUAAAUAUUUCCAAACUUUACAUGGCUUUUCAAAAUUUGUUUCAUUUGCAUCUUCAGGUAAAAUGUUAUCCCACAUUUUUCAUUUUUGCAUCUUCAUAUUAUUUAUAUACUGGGUAGUAACAUGUUUUGUACAGUAUAUGUGCCGAGUCAUAAAGCAUAAUGUAGCAAAAACGUUUUUGAUGAUAUUGAUGCAUAUUAGAAUCCACUCACAGUCCACUUUUCUAAAACACCUGCCCUGUGCUUCAACUCACUGGCCACUUUGACAUCCAUGUCCUUUUAUAAGCCCACCAUAUUGAGACGUAUGCAAAAAUUUUGGCACCCCGGUUUCUUUUCUCUCUCUUUUUUUUUCUUUUCUCUUUCUUCAUUUUCUAGGAGAAAACAGGGUAACCAGGAUGUGGUCACAUAUCCAUAUUUUCACUAGAAAAAUCAACAAAAACAUGUGAUUUGACCUUUUGCAUAUGACUUAGUUCAUCUGUUGUCAUGCACAAUUUAUUCCUCAAGCCCAUUUAUCAUGUCAGUUUCUUAGGAUGGGACCACUACUGACCAAAUAUUAUUUUGGUAGCGGACCAUUCCCAACACAAUAGAAAAUAUCAAUAAAAAUGUACAAAAAUUCUCUUUCUCUCUGUCUCUAGGUGCUCUGUGGUCAAAAAUAGACUGUUAAUUAUGGGCUAGAGGAUAGGUUGCAGAAAUUGUGCUUCAACAGAUGGGCUGCAGUCGCUGUUCAUCAGGUGGAGCUUCAAGGUAGGGAUUUUUAAUAAAGUGACUGGUGUGUGUAGAUUAGUAAGCUCUAAGCUUGACUGAUUUAAAUGGAAGUAAACCAAAAGGAAUGAGGCUAAAGUUGCUGAAAGGCAAUAGUUGUGGACAUGUUCUUCAUUAUUCCUCCUCCACCAACGAACAAGAGACAAAUGGCCCUCUCAGCACUUUCAAUUAUUACUCCUAAAUUAAGUGAUGUCUUUAAACUUGUAUGUGUCCUUUUCUGACGCUCAAGUUUAGCGACCUUUCAGCUCUUAUGAUGGCCUUAUCAGUUACAGUCAUGCUGAGAUCCCCCAAAGCGAGAAGACUUUGGCAUAAAGGAGCAAUUGGACACUAAUGACACUGUCCUUAAAAUUAAGAGGACACAACUACUUAAUUUCCCAGUCAAGUCAUGUAGUUUAUAGUGGGAGUUUAAUGACUGAUGAAUUUGUAAUGUAAGUCAAGGAAUGCAUUUGUUCAUUUGUGAAUGCUUUGUGUGUCAGUCUGCACUGAGAUACACUGUAUUUCCAAAAGUAUUCACUCGUCUGCCUUCACACGCAUAUGUACUUGAGUGACAUCCCAUUCUUAAUCCGUAGGGUUUAAUAUGAUGUCGGCCCACCCUUUGCAGCUAUA